CAAGACCCCCCCGCGUCCGUCCUGGUUUCCCCCACGACCCCCAUGCCACCCACCCGCGACCUCUCCGACCGCGAUCCGCUCUCUGCCGCACUCAGGCCGCCCAUAGACGAGUCCGAGGAGGAGAAGACGUCCCGUCUGGCCGAGGAGGAGGCUGCAAAGCGCGUCAGUUUGGCCAUAGACGAGUCUAUCCGCAUCGAGAAGCAGCAGCGCAAGAAACAGAAGCUUGUCCGUCUCCUCCUCCUCGGCCAGAGCGAGUCAGGCAAAUCGACUACCCUUCGCCAAUUCCAGAGAUUAUAUACCCCCAACGCCUUCCGCGAGGAACGUGUCCUAUGGCGUGCCGUAAUUCAACUCAACAUCGUCCGAUCCAUACACACUCUCUUGGAUACGCUCAACGAUAUCCGGCGACGCGACGUUUAUCCCUCCACCCCAUACACCUCUGAUCCCGACUCGGAUUCAGAGUCUGAGAGCCAUGUCCAACUACCCACACACCUUGAAGACCUGCGCAGACGACUACACCCCCUCCGGCACAUAGAGUCGCUCCUCAUCGCGAAGCUUGUACCACCAAACGAGCAUGAGGCUACGACUCUUGGCUACGGCGGCAGCAAUAGCGUGAACGGCAACGUCGGUCCCCCUUGGAAUAGCCGCCAAUUCGCCCAUUCGUCUCAACAUAAGGAAAUCUUCGUCCGCCCAGGAGCAGCGUGGAAAUUGCGCAGUCACGGUCGGCCUCAGUCCGCGGGCACGACAGGACAAGAGACCGUGGACGAGUCGCAGGCCGUCCUCCACCACUGCAGGACAGAUAUCGUCACUUUGUGGAAUGACCCUGUGGUUCGCCAGAUUCUGCGAAGACGAAAGAUACGGCUGGAGGAAAGCCCCGGAUUCUACCUGAACGACUUGGACAGAGUCACCUCAUUACAGUACUUCCCUUCCGACGACGACGUGCUGAAAGCGCGCUUGAAGACCGUGGGGGUAUCGGAAUACAGCUUCCACAUGGAAGCGGGUGAUGAACGGGGUACGGAAUGGCGAAUCAUUGACGUGGGCGGGUCACGUUCACAGCGGCCUACAUGGGUACCAUUCUUCGAUGAUGUGAAUGCGAUCAUCUUCUUGGCACCUAUAUCCGCUUUCGAUCAGGUACUUGUUGAGGACCGGAGCGUAAACCGGCUAGAGGAUAGUGUCCUCCUGUGGAAAGAGGUCUGCUCGAACAAGCUACUUGCUAAGGUCGAUCUAGUGCUGUUCCUGAACAAGUGCGAUAUCCUGGAAUCGAAGCUGAAGUCUGGCGUCCGACUGCAAAAGUAUGUGCGCAGCUUCGGAGAUCGGGCGAACGACCCCGAGGUUGCGCAGAAGUACUUCAAGAGCAAGUUCAGCGCCAUCCACCGUGAACAUUCGCCGAUUCCGCGGAAAUUUUACGGGUUCUGCACCUCCGUCACCGACACAACUACCACAGGCGGCAUCAUUGCCUCGGUCAAAGAUAUGGUCCUACGCGAGCAUCUUCGUGCAUCCAAGCUCCUCUGACCGCACAGCGUUCGCAAUUAUGACUCAUUCCAGCGCGCUGGACUGUCAUUGGUGGUCGCACUAAUGCCGGUGCUCGGAUGCUCGCCUGUCAGAGAACACGAGUGCCAGAUAUGCCCACUCCCGUCGCGACUGCUCGAAGGUCUAACUUAGUUCCUGUUCGCGUUACCUGGACCGCCCUCCGCGUACCUCAAACUCAAUCUGUCAGCGUUAAUCCCCCUUCCCCAGUUGUCACCCAUGCACCCACAAAACGCUGCUGUGUCUGGUUCCUGUGCCUUACGCCCUGCCACCCGCGAGGUACCCCUGUACUCGGUACCUGCGCUCCAAUGGAGUAUCUCUGGAACGCGUGCCCGUGUAGGGCGCGCGGAUUUCCUAUACUCGUCCAGCUGGUCGGCGCCAGGUACCCUCCCGUAAUUCUCAAGUCGCCGCGUCCUACCUGUCGCGGACCACGCUUCAGCCUGGACUUUGAACCGGAGCAUCCCGAAACCCCUGGCCACCAUGUGCGCUCCGCGCAUCUUCCCAAGUCCCUCUACCCGCGGGUCCAACUCGAAAACUGAGCUUUGCCCUCGCGCAAGAGCAAUAAUGACGAUUCUUCAUGCCCCCUCCACGUUCCGACACUAAGACGCUGUAUCUUAUCAUAUAUCGUCUUACAAUGCACUGUCGAUUUUAUCUUUCCCUGAUAUAAGUUAUCUUUGCUUUGCUCACUCUGCUGCAUAUAUUGCUUACUUACUGCCUUCCAUAUCUGCAUUCGAUACGAUACCUUUUGGGAGAGACCAUCUGACUCCCUCGCAUUGUUCAGAUGUUUCUUGCAUAGCACAUAUCCGUUGCGCAUCGCUAUUGGCUUUGCCCCACCAGUACAUCGUUUCGCAUAUUGACAUCACACUGGAUGGGUCGUGGAUUUCUUGUCCGCAGUGUAAUACAUAUUCCGUCCUCAUCACAGCACGAGCGUCCGUUCACUCACUGCGCAUUUGCAUCUUGUAGGCAGCUUCAGCAUGGAACAAUAUGACUUACCGUACAUUACGCCGUGUUGUAACGUCUGUGCAUCUGAUCCUGAUCAGGCACGGAAUAGCAUUCUAUAUCGAUUGGUACCC